AUGGCAGGAUUUGGCGCUGGAGGUAUCGUGGCUGGGAUUCCUGCUGCCGCUAUUAUGGCCACUUAUGGAGGCACGAUUGGUGCAGGCUCUGAAUGCACAAUUCUGCAGGCUUUUGGGGCUAUUGGACUCGGGGCCACUGAGAUAACUGCCGCCGCUGAGGCUGCUUUCAGGGAUCACAAGAAUUCGACGACGACUGCAGUUCCCUCUGUCGGUACUGGCAAAUCCGAUGGAGCCGAAGCAGGUCUUGUCUAUGCGUUGGCAGCUGCGGUCAUUCUUGCUGCGAUACUUCGGGAAAUGAGGGCUAGAAACGGCGACAGCGAAUAUGGAGAGAGCGAGGACAACGACAAAAAAAGCGAGGAUGGCAAGGAUUCGAUGUCGAACUCAGCAAGCGCCAUCGAGACUCAUGAAUUAAAUGUUGCGGAUACAGUGUUCGGAGGCACUUUGGGCAGUGCGACCGAUAACUCUCGAGCUCCAACUGCAGAUGAACUCGGUCCUGCCUUGGAUUGUCCAGCCAAUGGGCAGGAAGGUGUGGACGGUGCUGGAACUACGUCCGAUGUAUCGACCGAAACGGGAGUUGGGUACGACGAUGACGACGGUGAGGGAAAGCAGAAGAGACAGAAAUAG